CACCCUGAAAACAAAGAAAAAAAAAACUCGGUCCAUUCUUCCAUCUCUCCCAACCCCAUCGCGAAACCCGUCCACAGCUCCUCCGAAUCUCCCGAUCCACCUCUCCCCGAAUCCAACCUCCUUAAGAUCGAUCUCCCCAGACUCCCCCGAUCCAUCUCCGCACGAUUCUCUCGUCUCCCGAUGGCGGCGGGCCUAGCAGGCGGCGCCGGGCGGGCGUAGCAGUGCAGGGAAGAAGAGGAAACGCGCAGGUGGGGGGCGGCGUCGGCGGCCACAGCCGGGGGGAAUCGGAGGGAACCAGUGGGCGUUGGCCACAGCCGGGCAGAGAGGUGGAGGCGAGCAGGGGCGGCGUGGGGCACAGCUUCUGCAGUCAGUUUUCAGACUCCUUCCCCAACCCAAGGUGCAAGGAUUGACAAACCGUGUGGAUCAAUACCGAUAUCUCAGUCUUUGGGUUGGAAAUCUGUCUGAGCCUCCUGAAGCUUCAUAGUCUUUGUCUUCUCAGUAAUACAUUGGAGUUCAAGAUGCCAAAAAUAAAGAACCUUUCUGAGGCAUGUAAAGUAUCAUUUUCUCCUGGUGGACCCAUAUCUGAAGAAGCACUCGAGCGGGUUCGUGCUCUGUUAGAUGAGAUCAGACCUUUAGACGUUGGCCUAGAUAAUGAAGCACAAAUUGCACGUAAUUGGAACAGUUCUGCACGUCAACAAAACGGGAGGCGAGGACGUAAUGGGUCUAAUCAGUGCGCACCUCCAAUCAAAUAUCUGCAUAUUCAUGAAUGUGAAAGUUUCUCUAUGGGCAUAUUUUGUAUGCCACCUUCAUCAGUUAUUCCACUUCACAAUCAUCCAGGAAUGACAGUGCUGAGCAAGCUUCUUUAUGGCAAGCUGCAUGCAGAGUCUUAUGAUUGGAUUGAUGUAGCUGAUCCACCUGGCCAAUUACAGCCAAGACCAGCAAAGUGUGUAAGAGAUCGUGAAAUGACUGCGCCAGAGACAACCAUUCUUUAUCCUGAUAGAGGUGGUAACAUCCACACUUUCAGAGCAGUCACACCUUGUGCUCUCUUUGAUGUCCUUUCUCCACCAUAUUCUGCUGAGAAUGGGAGGGACUGUUCAUACUUUCGGAAGUCUCUAGUGAAGGAACCAUCUGUUGUGUUACCCAGUGAAAUAAAUAGCUCCGAGGUAGUCUGGUUGGAGGAAUUGGAGGACCAUCAGCCUCCGGAGGGCUUUGUUGUUGCUAGAGGUCUGUACAAAGGCCCUGUGAUAAGGAGAUAGUUAGGUUUAAAGCACUUUUGUCCACGGACCGUGGAUCAGCUGCAUGUGGCUUAGUAGAGCAAGCAUCGUCCAGUUGACCUGCACCCUGCGACUCCCAAAGUACACAAAGUCAUCUGCGAUGAUUUAGGGGCAAUUUUACAGAAGAAUGGAGCAUAUUUAAGGCCAUUUUGAUCGUGUCUGCUCGCUACUUGGAGCAAAAUGCUGUUUGUGAUGUAGUUACUGGCUCUUAUCAGCUGAAGGCCGUGGAGUAUAUACUUGUGUUGAGAAGAGGAGAGAGCUGUCUGUCAUUCUGUAUUAGGUAGAAGGAACGGCGGGUGCUUCUCGUCUGAUAUGAUUAUUCCAGAAGAAAAGAAGAUUUGGUGUGGUGAACCGAUUUGUCCAUCUCAUGAUGUAAACAGUCUUCAUAAAUAUUCUUUUGUACCAACUUUUAUGUCUAUGGAUGAACAGUGUCAUCGGUGAGUUGCCAUUGUUGA